GGCACGGGGCCAGGCAGGGCCAUGGCUCCCGCGGCCGUGCAGCCGCCCGAGGUGCAGUUCGCUCAGCGCUUGGCCGCCAACGAGAAGCGCAUCCGAGAUCGCGCCCUGAAGAAGCUGCGGGGCUACAUCGGCGUGCGGACCCAGCGGCCCGGCGGUGGCUUCAGUCAGGAAGAACUGCUGAAAAUAUGGAAGGGCCUUUUCUAUUGUAUGUGGAUGCAGGAUAAACCUCUGCUUCAGGAGGAACUUGCAGCCAAUAUCUCCCAGCUUAUCCACGUGUUUCAGAAUACAGAGACUCGACACCUGUUCAUCCAGACAUUCUGGCAGACGAUGAACCGGGAGUGGAACGGGAUUGACAAUCUGCGGCUGGACAAGUACUACAUGCUGAUGCGUCUGAUUUUGAGGCAAUCCUUUGAAGUGCUGAAAAGAAAUGAAUGGGAUGAGGGACUAGUUGAACCAUUGCUGCAGCUAUUAAUGAAAGAAGUUAUGGAGCCAGACAGCAAUUCUCCCACUGGGAUAAAGUUCCAUUUCAUUGAUAUCUAUCUGGAUGAAUUGGCUAAAGUUGGUGCAAAGGAGCUCACAGCAGACCAGAAUCUCAAGUUCAUCGAACCUUUCUGCAAAAUUGCUGCCAAAUCAAAGGAUCGGCGUGUGCUCCACGCUGUGGCCACCGGUGUCUUUGAGAUGAUCAUGGACCAGUCCCCCUUCGCCAUCGAGGACCUGAUGAAAGAGCUGGGUACCAACAGUGAUGAGGAGAAUGUUUCUGAAGAAGGCAAACAGGAAAAUGAAGAGAUGCUUAAAACCAAAGCAGACAGAUCUCUGUCAAGAAAAUCAGCACAGAAUGCUGAAAACACAGAGGAUAUUAAUGAAAAUGCUGAUGAUGGGAUCGGGGCUGUUCUUCAGUUUGAUUACAAGGCUGUUGCUGACAAAAUCUUCGAAUUUGCCAGCAAGAAAAAUACACCUUCCCUGAACAGAAAGAGGCUGUACAAGCUGGUCAAAAAGUUCCAGGACUUAGCAGAAGGAAUCUUCCCCCAGGAUAUUCCUGAAGAAGUUUCUACAGAUGAAGAUGAUGAUGAUGAACCCGGUAGGCGAAAGCGAAAGAAAAAAGCUGUCAAGCCUUGGCAGCAAAAUGAGCUGGAAAAAGUAAAAGAGGAUAAAGAAGACCUGUCAAGUGGGAAGGUGCCAUCAGUUCCCCAAAGGAAGAGGAAAAAAAGGAAGAAGAGGGACAGCAUAAGUGCUGAUUCUGGAACAGCUGAUGGAAAUUGUGAGGAGGGAAAAGCUGAAACAUCUGGAUCCAAUCCUUCUAGCCAGGAAAAGGUGCCAGAAAAUAAAAAGGAGAGGAAGAGAAAGAAAUUGCUAGUAAAUGAGGCCAGUGAGACCACGGAUGUAGCAACUGACACCAGAGAAAAUCACAGUAUUUGUGUGCAGAACAGCCUGACUGACACAGAACAGAGUAAAAAGAGUCAGCUGAAGAAAAUGAAUCCAAAAGUGCAGAAUGUUCCUGCAAAACCAGCGUGUCAGAAUGGACCAACCACUGCCAGUGCAGCAGAGGAUGUCAGCCCUUCUGUCACUCUGUUACCUCCCAAGGCUGUGAAAAAGAAGCAGAAAGCAGGGGCUGUCCUGGUGAAUGGGGAUCCCCCUGUGCAGCAAACUGACCUGAAACCCAGCAAGGAUUUGCUGGGGACCCUGCCAAGAAAGGCAGAGGCUGAAUCUGCACCCUCCAGAAAGGUCACACUGAAGAGAAAGACAAAAUUAGUAGGUUUGGAAGGGAUGAAAGCCUCCAGUCAGAAUGCAGCAACUCUGAAAAAGAAGAGAAAAGUGAAAGAGGUGCUAAACUCUGUCGAAGCCAAUGGAGUUCUGGAGACUGUAUGCAAGAAAAACAGGAAGGUGGAAAGCACUGCUGCUCUCUCACCAUUAAAGAAAAAGAAAGCAAAACCAGGAAAUGAUUUUGUAAAAUUUGAAAAAACAACUGUACCAAAGGCAGUGUUCUUCAGGAAAGCCAGAAGCACCAUCUCUUCCCCCAGGACACCCAUGCAGCUGAACAAACUGCAGACACCCAGCUCCAAAAGAGUCACAUUUGGCUUGAAUAAAAACAUGACUGCAGAAUUCAAAAAGACUGACAAAAGUAUAUUGGUGAGCCCAGAAGGACCCUCCCGUGUGGCUUUCAAUCCUGAACAGAAACCUCGUCAUGGGGUGCUGAAGUCACCCACAGUGACCCCAGCAAAAGAGCCCCAAAUGAAGAGACCAUUUACUCUGUCAGCUAAGAAGAGACCAACUGCUGUGGACUUCUUUUAAACCAACAAAUGUGGCCUACUUUUGUACAGGACAUUUUGCUAACCUAGAAUGUUCUCUGGAGGUAUCUUGAACUUCUUUAUUUUUUUAAGUUAAUACAAAUUGUAUAUACAAAAUUCUGAUUAUGACCUGGAUCAUUGCUAUUUUGAAACCACUUCAGCUCUACCUUGAAAUACUUGUUUUGUCUUUUUACAGAAAAGAAACAAAACACAAUCUCUGCUCAGGUUUGGUCUACAAAAAGUAUGGUCUCUGCCCAUGUCAUUCCCAAGAGACUUGUCCAUUUAAUUAAGAAAUGUUCAGGGUUUGAUUGUUUCAGUGAUUUUUUUUUGAGCCAGUGUAAGACAACUUGCACUUCAUGCUGUUAAACUGUCUUUCAUUAGACAGAGUUUAAAUUGGAAAAAGGCAAUGCAAAUUUUAAGCCUACUUGGUCAUGUAUUUCUAUAUUUUAAAAUUCUACUCUGUCAUUUAUCAUGUGUCACCCCUAGCAUCCUGUUAAUUCUUCUGGAAAUAAUGAUUACCUUGUGUGUCUGUUUAAUAACAGCUGGACUUGGGUAGCUUUGCAGCUGGCAAGAGAGCUUUCCCUGGGAUAAGAAACCCUUAGCUGUUGCUCAAGUGGUCACUGGUGCAAAUAAACCUUCACAGCUGGCUGCCUGCUGAGUUGGGGACAAGUCACCCCAUUGUUUUCAGUCAUGCAAGUGCCAAAGCUGGC